UUUCGCGAGGAAGGACGGCCGACUAGAGAGAUCGAUUUGUUGCUUGAAGUGUUGAACGCCUUCAUUCAUUCGUGUGCUGCUUGCUGAAGAUCUUUCAAAAUUCUCCUCGUUUCGGUAGGGGGUUUCUGGUUGGAAAUUUCUGGGUGGGUGUAGACUGUGAAGUGAAGAUGGGGAUUCCGGCCGAGGUGUCCGAUGAGCUCAUUGGCUGUGGCUCAAAGUCCGAACGGGGAGGAAGCAGGAAACCGAGAUUGUUCAUCAAAGAAAUGGUCAUGAAGAAUUUCAAAUCAUAUGCCGGAGAGCAAAGGGUCGGGCCCUUUCACAAGAGCUUUUCGGCUGUUGUCGGCCCCAAUGGCAGCGGGAAGAGUAAUGUAAUAGAUGCCAUGCUCUUUGUGUUCGGUAAGAGGGCUAAGCAGAUGCGCCUAAACAAAGUUUCAGAACUGAUCCAUAAUUCCACCAAUUACCAGAAUCUGGACAGUGCGGGCGUCUCCGUUCACUUUCAGGAGAUAAUUGAUCUAGAGGACGAAACCUAUGAAGUUGUACCGGGGAGUGAUUUUGUCAUUACAAGAGUUGCCUUCCGAGACAACUCGUCUAAGUACUAUAUUAAUGACCGAAGCAGUAACUUCACGGAGGUAACAAAGAAAUUGAAAGGGAAGGGAGUGGACUUGGACAACAACCGAUUUCUAAUUCUUCAGGGAGAAGUGGAACAAAUUUCAUUGAUGAAGCCGAAAGGCCAAGGGCCCCAUGACGAAGGGUUUCUUGAAUAUCUCGAGGACAUUAUUGGGACUAACAAAUAUGUGGAGAAGAUUGAAGAAUCAUAUAAGCAGUUGGAAUCCCUUAAUGAGCAAAGAUCUUCAGUGGUUCAAAUGGUGAAAUUAGCAGAGAAAGAAAGAGAUAGCUUGGAGGAUGCUAAGAAUGAAGCAGAGUCGUACAUGCUGAAGGAAUUGUCACUGUUGAAAUGGCAAGAGAAAGCCACUAAGUUGGCCUCUGAGGAUGCUGCCUCUCAUGUGGUUGAACUGCAAACAGAUGUUUCCAGCUUGGAAGAAAAUCUCAAGAAUGAAAGGGAGAAGAUUCGGGAAAAUACCAAAUUGUUGAAGGAUCUCGAGGUUGUCCACAAUAAGUAUAUGAAAAGACAUGAGGAACUUGAUAAUGAUCUCAGAACCUGUAAAGAUGCGUUCAAGGAGUUCGAAAGGCAGGAUGUGAAAUGCCAGGAGGAUUUGAAGCACAUGAAGCAAAAAGUCAAGAAAUUGGAGGACAAGCUUGUAAAGGAUUCAUCCAAGAUUGAAGAAAUUUCGAAAGAGUCUGAGGAGUCGAGAAAUCAGAUUUCCAAACUCGAGGAGGAAAUUCCCAAACUACAACAACACCUGUUGAAUGAGGAAAAAGUUUUAGAAGAAAUUAAAGAGAGCUCUAAAGUUGAAACUGAGAGGUUCCGCUCUGAGCUUGCUGAAGUCCGCACAGCAUUGGAACCUUGGGAGAAAGAGUUGAUUGAACAUAAAGGAAAACUUGACGUUGCAUCUGCUGAAAGUGUUCUUUUGAAAGAGAAACAUGAUGCUGGUCGGAGAGCUUUUGAGGAUGCUCAACAGCAGAUGAAUGAGAUAAUGGCUAAAAUUGAAGAAAAGAGUGUCAGCAUCAUGAAAGUCAAAAGUGAUUUAGAGGAUCACAGAAGUAAGGCAAUGGUAGCUCGGAAAGUUGAACAGGAAUGCAGUAGAGAGCAAGAAUCACUAAUUCCUCUUGAACAAGCUGCAAGACAAAAGGUUGCAGAGCUUUUGUCUGUUAUGGAGUCAGAAAAGAGUCAGGGAACUGUUUUGAAGGCAAUCUUGCAAGCUAAGGAGUCUAACCAAAUAGAGGGAAUUUAUGGCCGAAUGGGAGAUCUAGGUGCUAUUGAUGCAAAAUAUGAUGUUGCCAUAUCAACUGCUUGCCCUGGACUAGACUAUAUUGUUGUUGAAACAACUAGUGCAGCACAAGCAUGUGUGGAGCUACUUCGACAAAGGAAUCUUGGUGUUGCAACUUUCAUGAUUUUGGAAAAACAAAUGGAUCAUUUACCAAGGUUGAAGGAAAAAGUUAGCACCCCGGAGGGAGUUCCACGGCUUUUUGAUCUUGUUAAGGUUCAAGAUGAACGGAUGAAACUAGCGUUUUUUGCAGCCCUUGGGAACACUGUAGUAGCAAAAGACCUUGAUCAGGCAACAAGGAUCGCAUAUGGUACAAAUAAGGAAUUUCGGCGUGUAGUAACACUUGAUGGUGCACUCUUUGAGAAGUCGGGUACAAUGAGUGGUGGUGGAAGCAAGCCUCGUGGUGGUAAGAUGAGUACAUCUAUCCGUGCCAUCAGUGUUUCUGGUGAAGCUAUUGCAAAUGCUGAGAGAGAUCUUGCUAAGUUGGUUGAUCAGCUUAGUAGUUUACGCCAAAGGAUUUCUGAGGCAGUGAGGCAGUAUCAGGUGUCUGAAAAAGCAGUGGCCAAUUUGGAAAUGCAAUUAGCCAAAACUCAAAAGGAGAUAGAAAGCUUGAAUGCACAACAUAGUUAUAUUGAGAAACAACUUGGUUCUUUAGAGGCUGCAUCACAACCAGUGAAGGAUGAACUUGAUAGAUUGGAGGAGCUCAACAAAAUUAUAUCUCAUGAAGAAAAGGAGCUUGGGAGACUUACUAAAGGCUCUAAACAGUUGAAGGAUAAGGCUCUUGUGCUUCAGGGUAAAAUAGAAAAUGCAGGUGGUGAAAGGUUGAAAUCCCAAAAGUCAAAAGUGAAUAAAAUUCAGUCUGAUAUUGACAAGAGCAACACAGAGAUCAAUCGUCACAAGGUUCAGAUAGUGACGGGUGAGAAAAUGGUGAAGAAAUUGACAAAGGGGAUUGAGGAAUCAAAGAAAGAGAAAGAGAGGGUUUUAGAGGAAAAGGAGAAAAUGCUUGCUGCUUUUGAAGAGAUCAAACAGAAAGCACUUGCAGUGCAAGAAAACUAUGAAAAGACGCAGAAGCUUAUGGAUACCCAUAAUGAUGAACUGGAUGAAAAGAAAGCAGAAUAUAACAAACUGAAGAAAACAGUGGAUGAACUACGUGCUUCUGAGGUCGAUAUUGAUUAUAAGUUACAAGAUCUGAAGAAGCAUUCCAAGGAAUGGGAAGUUAAGAUGAAGGGGUACAAAAAGAAGCUUGAUGACCUACAGAUUGAUCUCAAGAAACAUUUGGAGCAAGUUCAAAAGGAUGCAGUAGAUCCUGAAAAGUUAAAAGUAACACUGGAUGACGAGGUAUUGUGUGAGGCUUGUGACCUAAAAAGAGCACUUGAGAUGGUAGCGUUGCUCGAAGCACAACUGAAAGAAAUGAGUCCAAACCUUGAUUCUAUUGCAGAAUAUCAGAGGAAAGCUUCCGUGUACACUGAACGUGUGGGAGAACUGAAUACAGUGACCCAAGAACGUGAUGUUGUAAAGAAUCAGUAUGAUGAACUUAGGAAAAAACGGUUAGAUGAGUUUAUGGCAGGCUUCAACACAAUAUCAUUGAAGUUGAAGGAAAUGUAUCAGAUGAUCACACUUGGAGGUGAUGCAGAGUUAGAGCUAGUGGACUCCUUGGAUCCUUUCUCUGAGGGUGUUGUUUUCAGUGUCAGACCUCCAAAGAAGAGUUGGAAAAACAUUGCAAAUUUGUCAGGCGGUGAGAAGACACUCAGUUCAUUAGCUCUUGUUUUUGCACUUCAUCAUUACAAACCUACACCGCUCUAUGUUAUGGAUGAGAUUGAUGCUGCCCUGGAUUUCAAAAAUGUCUCAAUUGUUGGACAUUAUGUGAAAGAGCGCACGAAGGAUGCACAAUUCAUAAUCAUAAGUCUGAGAAACAACAUGUUUGAGUUGGCUGACCGACUUGUUGGCAUUUACAAAACUGAUAACUGCACCAAAAGCAUUACAAUCAACCCAGGAAGCUUUGCGGUUUGUGAGAAAGCAGCAUAAUUCAUGGGUGUAAGUGUAACUACUGUGAAUUGCCUUGUAAUUUUAUUCUGUUUAAAGCUAUGGUACCAAUUUCAAGUGCUGUGCAAGCUCCUGUAUCCUAAUACAGGAGCUUGCAGGUACCAAAUGUGUAUGUGUUUACAACUAAAAGGUUAAGUGUAUGUGCUUGAUGCCUUUUAUAUAUAUAUGCAUGACGCCAUGUGUACAGAGAUCUUACAGGUUGGAUUCACCUUUGGUGAAUGUUGUUGUAUCAGUGUGUGUAUUGCAUUGGCUAACCUUUUCUGAGAAACCCGAGAUUUAUAGUUUCUUUCUUAUCUAUGUUGUAUACAUGAAUCAAAGACUGAAUUGUUCAGGGACAAGACAAUAUUGCAUUCGAUGCAAUUUCAUA